AUGAAACUAAAUUAUAGUGACUUAAGUUAUUCUUUCACUGCUGCUUCUUCCACCGCUGUCUUCUCUCACAACAAAACCUCUGCUUCUGGUCUUAGACCCAAUGUGAAGACUUUAUCCUCUUCCAUAAUGGGUGCACAAUUUAGUAUAAACCGAUCAACAAGAAGGUGUCACAUUAGAAAACGUUGUCGUAGUGGCGUCACAUGCUUGUCUACUUCUCCUUUUGUAUUUCCAUCAGCGCUUCUCUUCGACUGCGAUGGCGUGCUCGUGAAUCCUGAGAAGGACGGCCAUCGCAUUUCUUUCAACGACACUUUCGCUGCAAGGGAAUUGGGCGUUACCUGGGAUGUGGAUUUGUAUGGUGAAUUGCUCAAAAUUGGUGGUGGAAAAGAGAGGAUGACUGCCUACUUUAACAAGACAGGCUGGCCAGAAAAGGCGCCAAAGAGCGAACAAAAGACGGAAUUGUUCAUGGCCCUUAUUGAGAAAAAGUUGCUGCGUCUCCGACCUGGUGUUGCAAAUCGCUUGUCACUUUGUCUACAAGAACCUCUGACACGUUCAGAAUGUGGGAUGGUGAAUGUGGGGGUUGAUUUGGAGCUCGGGUUCGAUGAACGGGGCCGCAAGGGACUUGUUGAGGGCAUGAGUAAACCAAAACUCUUUUGGAUUUUGGCAGCUGCCCCAUUAGCAUCAGUUAUUCUCUCAACCCUUCUGGUCACCCUCCUUAGAUCGAAGGCUCAUGGGAUUGCAACUGAAGGAAUUGCGGUGGGAAGGACAUUCGCUGCUUUGAAAAAGUACCAAGUUGAUGGUAACAAAGAAAUGAUGACUAUCAGUCUUAUGAACAUGGCUGGUUCUUGCUCAUCCUGCUAUGUUACUACAGGUGAUUAUCCUCUUUUCUUUGUAAAUCUACUUAAAAUUAUAGUCACGAAACACACUAUUAACUUCCUCCACUUCAACCAAAUUUUCAGGGUCAUUUUCUCGUGCCCCCUUGGCCUUGCCAUUGCAGUUGGAGUUUCAGUUUUCAAGGUUCUCUUGCAUGUUACCAGACCAAACACUGUGAUAUUAGGGAAUAUCCCCCGUAGUCAAAUAUAUCAAAGUCUUGGCAGAUACAGAGAUUCUCUAAGGAUUCCUUCAUUUCUUAUACUUGCUGUUGAGACUCCUAUAUACUUUGCAAAUCAACUUACCUACAAGAAAG